UUUCCCACAACUAAAAACUUUACUGCCACCGAGUAUAAUACAAUAACUAAACACUGAUCCUUGUUUAGAUAGACCUAAAUAUAUGCAAUAACAUCACCAUAAAUGAUUCACUUUCUGCAAUUACCAGAUCUUUUGAUACUGGAGGUGUUUUCGCACCUGAAUGUCAAAGAAAUAUGCAUCAUUAGCAGAGUAUGCAAGCGCUGGAAUAAAAUUGCAAAAGACAAGUCCCUGUGGCGGAGAAUUGACAUGACAGACGCCCGUAUAAAUUUGAAAAAGGCCUGGAAGUUCUAUCGGAGCCGUCUGUCAGAUUGUCUUCAAAAGUUGUGCAUGAGAGGUUACUAUUCGCCUGGCGAUGCAGUGAAACAAAAGAAAGCAGUGCUCUCAGACGCCUUGUUGGAGGAUAUACACACCAGCUGUCCAAAUAUUGAGGAGAUCGUCUUGGAGAAAUUCUACUUGGGCAGCAUUUCAAGCAGCAAGCUGCCAAGCUCAUUGGUUUGCCUGAGACUGUCUCACUGUCAAUGGCCAAUAGGUUGGAUGAAAGGGGCGGAGUUACCAAACCUCCGAUCCCUGUAUGUCGACCAUUGUAGCCGCAUUGACAACGGUGAAUUGAAAGAGUUCUUUAAGCUUUCAAGCGUAGAAUUGCUGCAUCUUGGUCACCUUUACAGGGUAAAAACUGAAGGCAUACAGGGUCUCACAGAAAGCAUGACACAGCUGAAGAACUUAACACUGUGCAAUAUGAACGUUGACGAUCUGGCUGUUCAUCACAUUUGUCGCAAUUUGAAGCAACUCAACAGGUUGACAGUCACCGAAUGUGAACUUUCUGAUGCUGCUGUUGACAAUAUGUUUGUUUCCCUUAAAGAGCUGCGGGUUUUGGACAUCUCUAAGAACAAAAAUCUAACUGGCGAAAUAAUUGCCUUGUCGGCAAAAUCCAAAGGUCUCCAGAAGUUAGUGUAUCGUCUCGAUCCAAAGUUAAUAAACAAAGAUGCUCUGGAUUGUAUUGAAAACAGAUUCCCAGGGAGAUGUUGCAACACAUUUGUGUCGGAAUAUAAUUGUCCCCUACCGGUGAAACCGGAGGGGACUUAGCUUUGCGCUCUGUGUGUCCGUGAGUCGGUCAGUCAGUCUGUCACACUUUUCUGGAUCCUGCGAUAACUUUAAAAGUUCUUCAUAUUUUUUCAAUAGAUGGCAAUAAGGUGAUUAUGCACGUCAUUUCAUUUCGUUUCUACGUCAAAAAUUCUGGUUGCAUAUGAAACAAAAAAAUAAAAAUCAACAAUUCUGACAAUGGUGGAGUUUCACAGGUAGGGGACCAUAUUGCUUGACAAUAGUCUUGUUUUAUAUAAAAUUAGUGCAUAAGUAUAUUUUUAUUAAGUGGUUUACAAAUAAUGUUAUGAAUUUACUUUAAUGCAUACCGUAAAACGCUGUGUAUAACGCGCAUUUAUGUAUAACGCGCAUCUACUUUUUUAAGCUAAAAAAUCGGAAAAAAAGUUUUUGAAGCAAAAAACUCGGGGGAAAAAUUCCGUACAACAGGCUACAAUUGUAACUGAAAAUCGUUAUGUUUACAUUGCCGAUCUUCCGUGUUCUUUUAUUACUUUAAUUAUUAAUUAUUUUAAAGGCGAUAACGAUACAACUAGUUUGUGUUUUUUUUAAAUCAUAUUAUGCGUAAAAAUAAAUGUUUGGAUUUAAAUAAAUUAUGCAUGAAAUGCACACUUUCCACAAGGAUAUCAUCAAGGUUUUCAUCAUAUGUCUCCGAAGUAACUGUCCACGAUUUUAUUGUGGAGGAGUACACAUAACAGAUGGAUUAGUUAUAACUAAGAAACUGACAUAAUCGAUUGGUAUUGUCACGUGGUUAUUCAUGCAUGACUUAUUCACAACCGCGCGUUUAUUUACAUAGUUACAGUUUAAACAGCGGGAAACAGAAUGAUACGAAUUACCGCAACUGGGUAACUGACAGGGAAAAAUUGUCUUGGCAUGGCAGGGCCCUCAAUCUGUCAAAUCCACGGCCGAAAUUCGGCCGCAUUCCCCCCCCCCCCCCCUGAAAAGUAUACUUUUUCCCCUUUUUGGGGGAAAAAUACCCCCUAAAAAAAAAAAAAAAAAGUUUUUUUUAUAGAUAGAUGUCUCAUGAUUAUUAUAUCUCAAUUCUAUUUUAAUCUUGUCAAACAUACUAAAUUAUGAAAUAAGCAAUGAAUAUACUGCAAACAUGUACAAAUGUAAUUAUUAGAUAGUAAGUAAAAAAUACCCUAAAAAGGGAAAACGCCGCGAAAAUUCCCCCUGCUAUGGGUAGCGACCCGCUUCCCCUAAAAUAGAUUGAGGGCCCUGCAUGGCUGUAGUUGUGCAUAACGCGCAUCAAGUUUUUUAAAUGAAAUUUUGGGGUAAAAAUGUGCGCCUUAUACACAACUUUUUACGGUAAUUGUCAUGUCAUGGAUAUGCUAGUAUGUAUGCCUUUAUACAUGUUCACAUUUAAUUAUUUGAUCACUUGUUCAAAUGACAACUAGAUCUAUACAUUUAUAGACAUUUCAAAACUGUAAAAACAAUAAUUUACUGGUAUGUUUAAAUUAUUCCUUAUAAAUUUAUUUCAUUAAUAAAAAAUUAAGUCUGUCGGCCUUUUGCGUUCAAGUUUUAUAAUAAAUAAAGUACUCAAUCAAAUUCAUCAUAUUGAUGUUAUUGCAUUGAGAUAGUUUCCAAUUAAAUAUCAGCAUGCUAUUUAACUUGUACAUGUUUUAGAUAUUUAUUUCACUUAGAUGAGACACGCUAGCUGUUCCAGCAAAGUAUAAUUAAAUUUACAAAUAACUUGUUUACAAAAAAUAUGUGCAUUAUUUAUUUAUGAUUGCUCUGAUCAAAUUACAGUUAAGUUAAUGUGUUUCUAUUUAUACUGUAUUUUUAUGUGCCCCACUAUAGUAGUAGGGGACAUAUUGUUUUUGCCCUGUCUGUUGGUCUGUCUGUUGGUCUGUUUGCGCCAACUUUAACAUUUUGCAAUAACUUUUGCUAUAUUGAAGAUAGCAACUUCAUAUUUGGCAUGCAUGUGUAUCUCAUGAAGCUGCACAUUUUGAGUGGUGAAAGGUCAAGGUUAUCCUUCAAGGUCAGAGGUCAAAUAUAUGUGGCCAAAAUUGCUCAUUUUAUGAAUACUUUUGCAUUAUUGAAGAUAGCAACUUGAUAUUUGGCAUGCAUGUGUAUCUCAUGGAGCUGCACAUUUUGAGUGGUGAAAGGUCAAGGUCAUGGUCAUCCUUUAAGGUCAGAGGUCAAAUAUAUGUGGCCCAAAUCGCUUAUUUUAUGAAUACUUUUGCAAUAUUGAAGAUAGCAACUUGAUAUUUGGCAUGCAUGUGUAUCUCAUGGAGCUGCACAUUUUGAGUGGUGAAAGGUCAAGGUCAUCCUUCACAAGGUCAAGGUCAUCCUUCAAGGUCAAACGUCAUAUAGGGGGGCAUUGUGUUUCACAAACACAUCUUGUUCAAUAAUGAAUUUCUUGUUACGCAGUUUAUAUAUACAUGUAUUUUUAUUACCUGUACUUGAUUUUAUACACUGUUAAGUGAAAAAGCAUGCCUUGAUGUCAGCGAAAAAUAUAAAUUCAAGCUGUGUAAGAGUCUUACGGUAAUUAAAUGGACAUUUUACAUUAAA